AUGAGUAUACACCCGAUUUUUCGGCUGAACAACGGUAUUUUAAGUCGUCCUUCCGCUUGUCCUUCCGAGUCCCGACGUCACGCGUUACACUUCUCAUUCGGUGACUCAAUUUCAAUGGCCACACCAAGUUCGACUACCACGACAGCGCCGACCCCAGCAGCCGCCAAUGGGACUAGUACGGCUCCACCACGGGCCACCCGGGAAGGUGGCGGCAAUAGCUCGAUAGGAACGUUUGGGGUGAAAUCGGGCCUCGCUCAAAUGCUCAAAGGAGGUGUGAUCAUGGAUGUCGUUAAUGCUCAGCAGGCCCGCAUCGCUGAGGAAGCAGGAGCUUGUGCAGUCAUGGCUCUUGAACGCGUACCGGCUGAUAUUCGUGUCGAAGGAGGCGUCGCGAGAAUGAGUGAUCCCGCUCUGAUCAAGGAGAUCUGUGCUGCUGUUACGAUACCUGUUAUGGCCAAGGUUCGCAUCGGCCACUUUGUUGAGGCACAAAUACUGCAAUCCAUCGGGGUGGACUACAUCGACGAAUCAGAGGUGCUCACCCCGGCUGACGAGGAGAUGCACAUCAACAAACACAACUUCAAAAUUCCGUUUGUCUGUGGCGCGAGAAAUCUUGGAGAAGCACUCCGACGCGUCGCUGAAGGCGCUGCUUUCAUCCGUACAAAAGGCGAAGCUGGAACUGGUAACGUAGUUGAAGCAGUCAGACACUCGCGCGCUGUGAACGCCGAAAUUCGCAAAGCAAGCGUUAUGACCGAAGAAGAGCUCUAUGUGUAUGCCAAAGAAAUUCAAGCGCCUUUCCACUUGCUCAAGGAGACGGCUCGACUGAAACGUCUGCCUGUUGUCAGCUUUGCCGCUGGAGGAGUGGCGACACCUGCUGAUGCUGCAAUGAUGAUGCAGCUUGGCUGCGAUGGAGUCUUCGUUGGAUCGGGCAUCUUCAAAUCAGGAGACCCAGCCAAACGCGCUCGAGCUAUCGUCCAAGCCGUUACCCACUAUAACAAUCCUAAAAUACUCGCCGAGGUUUCAGAAAAUUUGGGCGAGCCAAUGGUCGGACUCAACAUCGAUGACAAACUCAAGGGUGGACGGCUGGCUGAGCGUGGCUGGUAG